GCCACGGAAGAGUGGCAAGUCAGAAGAAAAUAAGAGGAGAGGCAGGGGAGGGGCCCCUUGCACCAAACACUGUCAUAUAACGAGACGUUUCAAACGGGAGACACAGACGCAGAGAGAGGAAGAGCACAAACUGGACUAUUCCGCCUGCAAGCAACUCUUCACCACAUCAGUUGACCUCUGCUUUCAAACUGCCGGGCCUGGACAAUGACAGAGGAAGCCGAGGUGGACGUCAACGUGCCUCCGGCCUCCGGGUCUGAGCAACAGGCUCCACAUUUUCUACGAGAUGUCAUCUUCCACGGCAAGUUUAAGCUGCUGAAGGCUCUAACCCCAGAGGAAAACACCAACUGCCAGCACGGCCUCUACUUCCAGGACGGUCAGCGGCGCGCUGACUACGUCCUCACCUACCCCGUGAAGAAGCCGAGUGGGGGCCGCUCCGGGCGACAGUCGGCACACCUGCUGACUGAAAAUGCCGUCGCCCGCAGCCUCCGACGUGGGCCCCAGAGCCGCGACGAACAUCUUCGACAUCACCAAGCGCAAAGGCCGAGAGACUCGUCGUCCCUGCCGUCGUCGCCGCCGGUGGCCGACGUGGAGAUGGGCUGUCCGGGGGAGACCCUCAACGGCCACGAGGAUCACAAGGCGUUCAGGAGGGAGGAGUUUGAGGGCAAACUGAGAGACAUGGGUCUGGAGCUAGAGAAAGACGAAGACGCCAAGAUUCCAGGCGUGGGCUUCGUGAAGAUUCAUGCUCCCUGGAACGUUCUCUGUCGAGAGGCUGAGUUCAUGAAGCUGAAGAUGCCCACGAAGAAGGUGUAUGAAGUCAAGCAGCUGAGCGGUGUUAUGGAGAAGAUCAACUCUCUGGUCAGUAAAGCUCUGGAGCCUCUCCACCCGCAUGUCGAGGAACAUCAACCCAAGAACAUCAAACAUCUGUCACACACUUUCUCCAGGGAAAAACAACACCUGUUUGACCUCUCAGACAAAGACUACUUCUUUGACAGCAAAACCAGGAGCUCCAUAGUUUUUGAAAUACUAAAAAGAACAAAAUGUAAGGCCAAGUACAGCAUGGGAAUCACCAGCCUGCUUGGUAACGGUGUCUACACAGCAGCUUACCCUCUCCAUGAUGGGGAUAUUAAUGAGGAGAGUGCAGAGCCCAACGACAGAAAGCUUUUGUAUGAGGAGUGGGCAAACUACAGCGUCUUCUACAAGUACCAGCCUAUCGGACUAGUACGGAAGUAUUUUGGUGAGAAGAUUGGUCUGUACUUUGCCUGGCUGGGCCUGUAUACCCAGAUGCUGAUUCCUGCCUCUGUAGUGGGGGUCAUUGUCUUUCUGUAUGGAUGUGCGACAGUCGAUGACAACAUACCGAGCAUGGAGAUCUGCCAGCCAAGGAACAACAUCACCAUGUGUCCUCUGUGUGACAGAGUGUGCAGCUACUGGAAGCUGAGCACUGCCUGUGGAACCGCUCGGGCCAGUCACCUGUUUGACAACCCGGCCACCGUUUUCUUCUCUAUAUUCAUGGCUCUGUGGGCCGCCAUGUUCAUGGAGCACUGGAAGAGGAGGCAGAUGAGGCUGAACUAUGAAUGGGACCUGACUGGGUUUGAAGAUGAGGAGGAAGCUCUCAAGGACCAUCCCAGGGCCGAGUACGAAUUCAGGGUUAUGCAGAAGUCUCUGAGCAAAGACCAGAAAUCACAGCACAAGGUGGAGAAGCUCACAUACCAAGACCGCCUCCCUGCCUACAUGACUAACCUUGUCAUGAUGCUGUUAAUGAUUGGCGUUACCUUCGCCAUCGUGUUCGGCGUGAUCCUCUACCGGAUCUCCACCAAAGCCGCUCUUCACAUGAGCUCCAAUCCCAUCACACGGAACCACGUGCAGCUGACGGUCAAAACCACUGCGGCCAUCAUCAACCUGGUGGUCAUCCUCAUACUGGACGAGGUGUACGGAGCUGUGGCGCGGUGGCUCACUGUGUUAGAGGUUCCAAAAACAGACAAGAGCUUUGAGGAGCGACUCAUCUUCAAGACCUUCAUUCUCAAGUUUUUCAACGCCUUCACCCCCAUCAUCUACAUCGCCUUCUUCAGGGGAAGACUGGUAGGCAGACCGGGCAGCUACCUGUACGUGUUUGAAUCCUACAGGAUGGAGGAGUGCGCUCAUGGAGGCUGUCUGAUGGAGCUGUGCAUCCAGCUGAGUAUCACCAUGUUGGGAAAGCAGCUAAUUCAGAACAACCUUUUUGAGAUUGGAAUACCCAAGCUGAAGAAGCUGAUUCGCUACAUUCGGUCAAAGCAGGGUGCUUUCCAAGAAGAAGAGAGACAGAAGAAGCUGCGCAGAUAUGAAAUCGACCACUUCCUGGAGCCAUUUGCUGGAUUAACACCUGAAUAUAUGGAAAUGAUCAUCCAGUUUGGCUUUGUGACGCUGUUCGUGGCGUCCUUCCCUCUGGCUCCGCUCUUUGCUCUGCUCAACAACAUCAUUGAAAUACGACUUGAUGCCAAGAAGUUUGUGACCGAGUUGCGAAGACCAGUGGCAGCGAGAGCCAAAGACAUUGGUAUAUGGUACAACAUACUGAGAGGGGUAGCCAAGGUGGCCGUCAUCAUUAAUGCAUUUGUCAUCUCCUUCACCUCAGACUUCAUACCUCGGAUGGUCUACCAGUACAUGUACAGCCCAGAUGGCUCCAUGCAUGGAUUCGUCAACCAUACACUGUCCUAUUUUAAUGUCAGCGACUUCCAGCCUGGCAAAGAAGCCAUGGAUCCGCUGCACCUUGGCUACCCCGUUGAGAUUUGCAGGUACAAGGACUACAGAGAACCUCCUUGGUCAAGCACUCCAUAUGAGAUCUCCAAGGAGUUCUGGGCGGUGCUGGCUGUCCGACUGGCCUUUGUCAUUGUUUUCCAGAACGUAGUGAUGCUGAUGAGCGACGUUGUGGACUGGCUGAUUCCAGACAUCCCUAAAGACAUCAGCCUUCAGAUCCACAAGGAGAAGAUUCUGUUGGUCGACCUCUUCAUGAAAGAAGAGCAAGGCAAGGUCCAGAUCCUUGAGAGCAGGGCAUCUACAGGGGGAAAGGAGAACUGCAGCCGGAGCAACAACAACAACAACAACAACAGCAGCAGCAGCAGCAGCAGCACCGCGGCUCAUCCACGCUCCAGACUGCACAACAACAGCACCAAAAGCAUCUGACGCUCCUGACGGUCUCUCAGUUCAGUCUUAGUUCGCGAGUCCGAGCUUGCUAGCAGCCUGCUUCCUCAGGCCAAACUAAACUCUGUGUUUUUGUUCUUGUUCAGAACAUUCCAACAGCUGGGAGAGCAGCUGGCUGAGGAGGCGUGAGGAACGUCGGAGUGGGACCAAAUGUGUCGCUGUGUGUGUGUGUGUGUGGAGAGCGGUGAAAUCCGUACGGGCAUACGCAUUUGUGAAUGUGUAGAAUGAUCUAAAUGUGUACUCCCAUGUGUCCUCGUGUCCAGGAAACGUGUAUUCAGCUUCGCGCGUGUGUCGUGAGAAAUCUUCAAAUGCACACGCAGAUUUGAGAACAGCGCUCGCUCGGAUUUGCAAAGUGUACACAAACCUGUAAAUGUGCAUGAGAUUUAUACGUGUAUGACAAUCUGAAAACCUGUACUCAAAAAGACUCAAAGUGUGAAAGGCUUUUUAUUGGUGGGUGAACAGAGGGGACGUUCACUAAACCUGUCGCCAGUUACUGUCGGGUACGCAGAGCUGAAGUCGUGACAUCACAUCCUGGCUCGGUCCAGCUCCACCAGCUUCUGGAACCAGCAUCUCUUUGACUGGAGCGUGUUCCUGGGGUCCCGUGUUCUCAGAUUCAUCCGAGGGGUCGGCUCCUCUGUCGACCUGUGAUGUUUGGCCCAGGAAGAGAAAUGGUGUUUGUCAAAGGCUGCUAAACAUAUAAAUACUGAAUACACAAUGAUAUUA